AUGGGCGCCAAAGUUAUGACUUCAACAUUUGUAUGGAUCCACAGACAUCAGUUCAGACAUGUAGAAGCACAACAAUCAGAAUCACCUCCAUGCUACCACUUGCUACAGCCAGCCCUAAAACGCAAAAAGCGCAAGGAAUCAGAGAAGAGAAGAAGAGUUAAUGCUGUGAAAGCAAGAAAUGGUAAGGAUUACCUGAGAAUCAAGCUUCUGACUUUCACUUCUGCUUCGUCUUCGCCUCUGUUAUUCACAACAAACGCCAAAGCAACUCUCGGCUUCGCAGGAGCGGCUUGGUUUCUAGGCGAAGAACGUCUAGUGUUGGUACUUUGUGAGAUUAGGUAUAGCUUAUCUGUUAGAUCCAAAAAAGGACCGGACCAUACUCCCUCUUGGCCCGUUGUAGUUUUUGUUAUAUCCAAGCUGCUGAUUAUUGGUGACAUAUGGACUGGGCUCAAUUGUACUUGGUUUUUGGGAAUCAAGUUCAGCAACAACAACAAAAAGUUGCUUGUGGAUAUUGCUGGAAUGGGCCUUUGCACCAACCUUUGCUUUGCAGCACCCUGGAUCUAG